AGGGAGGGAAUGCAAGGGGCUGGACAGAAGGUCAGCCAGGACACACACCUGCUAACUGGUUUCCUUUAACUAGGUCCCACCUGCCAUCAUCCAUCCAGCCCUAAAUGGAUUAAUCCUUUCCAUCCAUGGGACGCUUGAUAGACUUCAGGAUAUGGUUGUGUGGACUUUAUCCAGGCGUUCUCAGAAGUGUGUUAUUAGGGGAUUUUUUUUGUGGUGUGGACACCGUAGCCAUUUCGGCGGUGUAAGGAGACUGUGUGAUGUCCACACAACAGAAUCCGGCAAGUGGAUUAAUCCACCCGUGAGGUCAGAGCUUCACGAUCCCCCAUCGCCUUCAAGCCCCACUUGUGAGCCAGUGUCCCAGGGAAUCUCUCGGGAGAGUCACCCUCAUGUUCUUGUCCCACCCCCAGUGACCACCCAAGCCUUCGUCACGCUGGCCACCAAUGAUAUUUACUGCCAGGGGGCCCUGGUGUUGGGACUGUCCUUGAGGAACCACAAGACGUCGAGGAAGCUGGUGGUGCUGAUCACCCCUCAGGUGUCCAGCCUGCUCAGGGACGUCCUCUCACGGGUGUUCGAUGAGGUCGUUGAAGUCAAUCUGAUGGACAGCGAAGACUACAUCCACCUGGCCUUCCUGAAGAGACCUGAGCUGGGGGUCACCCUCACCAAGCUCCACUGCUGGACCCUCACUCGCUACAGCAAGUGCGUCUUCUUGGAUGCCGACACCCUGGUUCUGCACAACAUCGACGAGCUGUUUGACCGGGAAGAGCUCUCGGCAGCCCCGGAUCCGGGAUGGCCCGACUGCUUCAAUAGCGGGGUGUUUGUCUUCCAGCCGUCCCUGGAGACCCACCAGCUCCUGCUGCAGCAUGCCACGGAGCACGGCAGCUUUGACGGUGAGUGAGGGCAGGACCCGUGGCCGGGAUCCAGUUUUAUACCCAGCUCAACGUCGGACAUCCACAAGCAUUUGCCGUUCAUCUACAACCUGACCAGCAACGCAGCCUACACCUACAGUCCAGCCUUCCAACACCCUGAAGGAGGGGAAGAUACGGGAGGCCGCCCUGACACCCUGACUCCGGCCGGGAUCCCGUGUGCGCCUCGGCCACCGCUGGCCCUGCCAUUUCCAGACGUCGCUGAGACCCAACCCAGCCGGCAGGCAGCGAAUCGAGUCAAAGGUGGCCCCGCUGAGGAAUCCUUGGAUCCGAGUCAGGAGGUCCCUGGGGAGCCCUGCAGAGACCCCGGUGCUCAGGAAUCUCUGGAGGUCCACGUGGCCGCCUCGGUCUCCAAGAUGUCCAUCCAGGAGAAACUCAAGGGGCCCAGCCCCGAGGAGGAGAGGAAGAAGUGGGAGGAAGGUCGCAUCGACUACAUGGGGAAGGACGCCUUCGCGCGCAUUCAGGAGAAGCUGGACCGCUUCCUGCACUGAUGGGCGUGUGUGGUGGCCACCGCUGACCCCUCCCGAGGGGAACUCUGUGCCUCUAUUUAUGAUUCACCAACUCCAGUGCCUGCCCUGAGUUAUAUAGAUGCUAAAGGUCCAGCUCAAAGCCACCCUGGCUGCCCCCUGUCUCUCUGGCUUUCCUGAGAGGUCAAUCCUUCCCUUUGUCAGCAAAAGAGAACAAGCCUAUCGCCCUAGUGGACCCCGGAUGCUGGUCUCUGGUCCUACUGGAAAGAGUUCUCCAGUGCUGUGUAGCCUCAGUGCUACCUGUCCAGCCUUUAUGGAGUUCCACUUCGGUGCCUAUCUUAAUUACCUAAUUAUGCAUUAUCUUAAUUAUCUAAUUAACCUCAUAACAUUCGACUGCCUAUCCCGUACCUCUGAGCCUGUCAUCCCAGCAGCUCGGGAGGCUGAGGCAGGAGGAUCUCGAGUUCGAAGCCAGCCUCCGCCAAAGGGAGGCCCUAAGCCACUCGGUGAGACCCUGUCUCUAAAUAAAAUGCAAAAUGGGGCUUGGGGACGGGGCUCAGGGGUUGAGAGUCCCUGACUUCCAUCCCAGGUACCACAAGGGAAAAACAAAAAAUGAAGACUGUCAUUCGGCGGGGUAGCAGCUUGAUCUGCACUAACGGAAACUAGAGAUAGAUGCUUUUUGCUAAGCCAUGACAUCAGCAAGCGGUGGGUGACCUCUGAGCAGUCCUUCCUCGGUCUCUGCAUCUCUACCUCAGUGCCAAGUACCUUCGGUGAUCACUCUCCAAAGCCAUUUCCUCUGGGCUCCUGUGGGAGCACAGCUCAGUGUCCUGGGGCUGGACAGCGGCUUCCAAUUCCAAACCACCACUUCACACCUACCCUCAUCACUGGCACCGAUGCAAAGGGCUGCGUGGGUCACUGGGUGGCCGUGAUGGGGGAUUGGGUUCUAGGGGAUCCCUCUCCGACAGGAGAGAGGCACGGGGUGUUGUGGACACUUGGUGGGGUCCUUUGUCCUGCACGUUCUGUGGGAAUGCAGAGGGUGGGCUGGGACAUGGUGAGAACACUGUUUUAUGGUGUCUGUCUGUCUGGCCGGCCUCUGUCACUCAAAGCAGGUUGACCCUUUAGGGAGAGCCGUUGGGGUGAGCUCAUGGUGUUGGCUGAGGCGUCCGCCGAUGAUCCCCAUCCAAGCAAAAUGGUGAAUAUAUCACAGAACAAAAGAGCAUUGGUGCUGUGAAACCCGAAGCCCCCGUCGAGCAAACCAGAUGGACGGUAUUCCAGAAAACUCAUAUUCGUAAAGGAAUGUGCAUCUCUGGAAAUGGGAAUUUGUGGCAGUGGUUAGUGGGCUUCCAGGAUUCUAGCUCCAUCUAGAAUGCGACUGCAUCCUGGUGCGCGCCAGUUAACCUCCUUGGAAGAGCGCUGAUGGAUUUGAAUUAAAGUCUUAAAAAGCCA